GGGGUUUCUGGCCCUGCUCUUGAGGCGUUAAAGAGUAGAGGUGUCUGGGGACAGCUAGCCACCGACUGGUCACGUAGCCUCAAGCCUGCAGACGUGGGUCCUCUGAAGCCGGAUGGCGUUUGGCGAGGACUAGUGUUACAGGUGGGAGAAGGCCCAUAUCCCUCUCUGUGGGAGCCUCAGGCGGCUUUGGAGGUGGAGGAAGCAGUGAGAAGAAGCUUUCUCUGCAGGAUGUAGCUGAGCUGCUUCGGACCAGAGCCUGCAGUAGGGUGGUGGUCAUGGUGGGGGCCGGCAUCAGCACACCCAGUGGCAUCCCGGACUUCAGAUCCCCAGGAAGUGGCCUCUACAGCAACCUUCAGCAGUAUGACAUCCCGUACCCUGAAGCCAUCUUUGAACUUGGCUUUUUCUUUCACAACCCCAAGCCCUUUUUCAUGUUGGCCAAGGAGCUGUACCCUGGGCACUAUAGGCCCAAUGUCACUCACUACUUCCUAAGGCUACUCCACGACAAGGAGCUGCUUCUGCGGCUCUAUACACAGAACAUCGACGGGCUUGAGAGAGCAUCUGGGAUCCCGGCCUCAAAGCUGGUUGAAGCCCACGGGACCUUUGUAACAGCUACAUGCACGGUCUGUCGAAGGUCCUUCCCAGGGGAAGACAUAUGGGCUGAUGUGAUGGCGGACAGGGUGCCCCACUGCCCUGUCUGUACUGGCGUUGUGAAACCCGACAUUGUGUUCUUUGGGGAGCCGCUGCCUGCAAGGUUCCUACUCCAUGUGGCUGACUUCGCUUUGGCAGAUCUGCUACUCAUUCUUGGGACCUCCCUGGAGGUGGAGCCUUUUGCCAGCUUGUCUGAAGCAGUACAGAAAUCAGUGCCCCGACUGCUCAUCAAUCGAGACUUGGUGGGGCCGUUUGCUCUGAGUCCUCGAAGGAAAGAUGUGGUCCAGCUAGGGGAUGUAGUUCAUGGUGUGGAAAGGCUGGUGGACCUCCUGGGGUGGACACAAGAACUGCAGGAUCUUAUGCAGCGGGAACGUGGCAAGCUGGAUGGUGCUGGCCUCUGUGUGUGAUGUUAACUGACCUCCGUCUGUUCUAGCUGGAUGGACAGGACAGAUAAGACUAUGGCUUCUUCACCUGGGGAGUCACACAGGAGAUCAUCCUAUGUCCAGCAAGACUUCAUACCUGAAGACAGCUCCAACACGUUUACAAACAUGGGCCAGACCACAACAUGCGGCCUGGACAGUGGUCCUCCGAGGGUGCCUUUGGAAAGGCUGACCAGGGAUGUCCACCCUUGGGGCCCCUCCAUGUGUGCGCCCCGUCCGCCUCAUCACUGCUGAAGCUUGUAGUGCAGAUGCUGCUUUCAAGAGGGCAGCACAGCACGCCCAUCGCCAGGCAGGCGAUGCACUAGGGCAAUCUAGCAUGUUGAGCGGUAAAGUGGCAUCUUUAACUACAACAUCAUUUCUUGCAUGAAAUAAACUUAGUAUAAAAACCUGG